UAUGGGCAAAUCAAAGAGUACAGUAAUAAGGGCAAAUGUUACAUUUAUAUCACUCGCUCGCGAGGAGUAUUAUUGUUCUGUGCUCGCGAGCUACUCAAGUCUCAAGUCUAAUUGCAUCGGUUGAGCAGACAAUAAUAUUUAGUGGCUGUGUUUUUAUUUGUCGAAUUUUCGUUCAAGAAACCAUGGGGGCCAUAUUAACGGUCAUUUUUGUAAACACAGUAUCCGGUAUUGUGGUAUACACGGGUAAAGGCUUGUGGUUACUGCCGAUGCUUGGAUUUUCAGCCACAGGCAUAGUAGGCGGCUCUUUGGCGGCCACUGCCAUGUCUUUCUAUGGUAACGUGCAGGCCGGGAGUAUAAUUGCUCAGGCUCUUUCUAUGGCGAUGUAACUGUCAUAAAAUAAAUGGUGAGUUAUUAUUCGAACCUAUAAUGGCCCUUCCUAAGAGCCCAAACACGGCCCUAUACGGAUAAAGGCUCUGGAGCUACGCCUCCGGUAAAAUUUGGGUGAAGUCCUGCCCAAGUAUAUA